UCUUACCCGUAUGUAGCGAGCCGUAGUUGCUAUACUCCGGAGACACGAGUGCUGCAGGCGUGUUCCCCUGUCGCCAUGCUUCCAGAGGUUCAUCCGUACCCGGUGUUCGGAUUUUCCGGAAACCUCGACUGGAGUACGCUCAACUUCGUGGAACCAAUCGAUGACAUCAGAGUGUGCAGUGCUUGCGGAGUCGUGGCUAGGAAGACGGCCUUCCUGUCAUGUCGCCAUGUUUUGUGCGAGCCUUGCUACGAGCAGUGGAAGACGGGAGUCAAAGUCUGCUUCCUCGACGGCGAGCUGUGUCCAGAAGACGAGGUCCAUUGGAUGCAGUUUCCGGAGGAGAAGAUGAUGAGUCGCCAGGUCAGCUGCUGGAACAGAACAUACGGAUGUGAGACCAUCACUGAUGUAUCGAGCUUAGCAGAGCACUUUCACCGAGACUGUGCCCACCAUUGUACGCGCUGUGCGAAGUGUUCGUCGAUGGUUCUUCGAAAAAAUAUUGUCGCACACCUUCAAUCACAUUGCACCAACUAUGUCCUGCACAGACAGUCGAGUACGCCACAAAGAGAGGAUGUCUCGAAGGACGUUGAAUGCCUUCGAGAAGGUCUUUGUUCCUUGGAGUCGGCCUUUCGAAGCGCAAGCCAUAAUGAUGCUUCUUCGUCAUCAAGUCUUCAGAAAAUCACAGCAAACAACGAACACUAUCUAAACCCACUUUUGGCGAUGGCUGAUGAAGUAGAGAAAGUGUCACGGAUGACAAUGCAGGCUUCUAGUGAGGUGGAAAGAAGCAGCGAAAGGCACGUGAAUCAGAGAGCGGAAUUGAGGAAUUUUGGAGUGGAGCUGUGCGUGGAGUUGGAAGAAAUCAAAAGGAUCGCCAACGAGGUGUGUCAUUUCGAAGCAACGAAUCACCACAAAAAUAGGAAGCUUGAUGAACACGCUGGGAACUUGCAGUCGUUGCAGAGGGAACUGCGAAGCAUUUCAUGCGCACUAGAAGAAAUGAACAAAGUCCAUUGUGAAGUAGCCGCAAGCAAACUAGAGGAAGCAGAUAACAAAGUCCAUCGUGAAGUAGCCGCUAGCAAACUAGAAGAGGAAAACGAUGUCCACAAUGAAGCAAACAUACGAACACGUGAGGCCGAAGAAGCGUUCGUAGAGGUUCUCAGAGUCUCCUCACUCACUUGCACAGCAAUAUGCGAUGACGAAACAAUUAUACUGACGGGAUUCACCAGUGUCAUUGAAAAUGGACUUAGAGGGCCAAUCGAAGUGCUGUGGGGCGUUCGUAAUUGGUCGAAGAUCCUACACAAGAUUGAAGCUAAUAGGUUCAUAAAGUGUGGCGCGCAUGUCACUGUUGCUCAUAGAUACAAGAUAUACCUGGCUAUACUUGCUUGUCCAGAUAGCAGACAGCGAUUUCAGUUUUGGCCUUGUGUGUCUGCACAGUCAGGCUUUACUCUCACGGCCUCACCCAAAACAAUGAAGAUCGUGUUCCUCAGCGAAGGGAGAAGAGGCCCAGAACACGAGCUCUAUCGCGCCAAAUCUGGGUCAUUUCUGACCCAGCGUUUUGGCAUCGUGGAUCUCGAACACGGUGUAAGCGUUCAAGACGACAAACUAGAAGUGUGCUUCAAGUUUUUCUACUAGCUCCUCACGUUAAGGUUUUUUUUUUCACUUCUGAAUGUGCAUCUGUGCUGCUUACAAAGUUGAUCAGCCGAGACUGCUGAAGGCGGUGCAAACAAAGUCAUUGAAAUGUUUACUUAAACAAGCUUAAGUGACACGCAUAAAAGAUCAUGUGUACCUUUUACUCUUCUGAAGCGAGUUGUGAAAGUCACUCAGGAUUCAAGUAUAGCCUAAGGUGUCCUAGCCACAUUACAUUAAAUAAACUCGCUUGCAAUCACA